CCAGUGUGAUAUAAUAUGCCAUCCCCAACAAACACAACAUUCACUACCUCACAACUGCUUCAACAAUGGCUGUCAAAGUCCCUCUUUCUUCUUCCCUUACCAUCAAAUUUCCUCUCCAACAAAGCCCAUCUUCCUUCUUCUCUCCUCUUCCAUGCCCCUUCUCGUUGCCAAAGCCGAGGCCAAUGCCUUCUCGCUUCAAGCUUCUUGCAAAUUUAGGUGGUGGAGAUGCAGAAAUCAAGAAGGGGGCGAAGAAAAAGUUUAUAACUAAAGAAGAAGAGCCAGAGCAGUAUUGGCAGACAGCAGGAGAGAGGGAAGGGGAGAAUCCUAUGAAGACUCCUCUUCCUUAUAUCAUCAUCUUCGGCAUGUCGACUCCAUUCGUGAUCUUAGCCAUAGCUUUUGCUAAUGGCUGGGUUAAGGUACCUGUGAGAUGAAUCUGAACAAACUCAUUGUGCAACUGCAAAUGCCAAGGGAAUAACACCAUGACAGUAACCUGAGAUCUUCUACAGUCCACAAAACCCACUGUUUAUGCCUGGCUUUGAGUUGUAAUGUUAUUCCAGAAGCUAAUACAGAGAAUAGUAACUCGGUUCAUUUUCACUGUUUUAAAUGUUUGGAUUCUUUUCCCCUCCAUUUCAAUACAAUAAUUUGUUGUUGGUAUC